GGAAAAAAGCACCUCGCUUAGAAACAAUACAAAACGUCCAUAACAACAUGAAGUGAAGAAACGAACGUUCAAUAUCUCCGUUCGCUAUAAGGUUAAAACCAUUCAUUGCCACAUACCGUACACCAAAACAGUGAUAAGAACAAUCGUUAACUCAGUACAGUCAAUGAUUCAGUGCCAGUACAAUGGCGACGGCGAGAUCACUUUUGUCGGCGUUUCGGGGCUUCAAUCGCACCAACCGGAUCCAUUUGUACGCCAAUCGACUAUCCAGAGUCGCCUUCAACCUAUCGGACAUCGGCGAGGGCAUUCGCGAAGUCGUCGUCAAAGAAUGGUUCGUGAAAGCGGGCGAUCGAGUCGCGCAAUUCGACAAUAUAUGCGAAGUGCAAAGUGACAAGGCGUCCGUGACCAUAACCAGCCGAUACGACGGCGUCGUAGCCAAGCUGCAUUACGACGUCGACGAAACCGCGUUCGUCGGUAAACCCCUCGUCGACAUCGAAACGGAAAACGACGGCCCCGAAACGCCGGAAACGGCGCAAGAUGAAGUCGCCGAUACUCGAAAACCGACGCCGAUAAACACCGAAAAACUUGCACCCGACAAUUCGGGCGUGCAAUGCAUACCGUCGGUGAGGCGCUUAGCCAAAGAGCACAAUCUGGACUUGAGCAAAGUACCGGCGAGCGGCAAAAACGGUCGCAUCCUGAAGGAAGACGUCCUCAACUACAUGAGCAAAGCCGCGGCUGAUCCGCCAUCGGCGAGCGAAACGUCGACCGCUCGACCCAUCAGAGGCUUCCAAAAGGCGAUGGUGAAAUCCAUGACGGAGGCUUUGAAGAUACCGCACUUCCUCUACGGCGACGAGAUCCUCGUGAACGAGCUGACGAAAAUACGAAAGCUGCUCAAAGCGAAGCACGAUCGCAAAAUCUCGUCGUUGCCGUUCUUCGUUAAAGCCGUUUCCAACGCUUUGGCCAGAUACCCCGUCAUAAAUUCAUCCAUCGACGAUCGAGCCGAGAAUAUCGUUUACCACAAACACCACAAUAUAGGUAUAGCAGUGGACACGGCGGACGGUUUGGCUGUACCGGUGAUAAAAAACGUUCAAAACCUCUCGAUAUUCGAAAUCAACCAAGAGCUACAGCGCUACAUUCGCGACGGAAAAUCCGGGAAAUUCUCGCUGGGUGAUCUGUCGGGAGGGACGUUUACGAUAUCCAACAUUGGUUCCAUCGGCGGUACGCAUUUGAAGCCGUUCAUAUUGCCGCCUCAAGCCGCCAUAAUGGCGUUGGGUAGAUCGCGGGUGCUUCCCCGGUUCGAUGAGAACGGUGAAGUGGCGGCGGCGGAGGUGGUUACGAUUAGCGUUUCCGGCGAUCACAGGACUAUAGAUGGAGCCACCAUGGCCAGGUUUUGUACGGACGUGAAGAAUCAAUUGGAGAAUCCUUAUUUGUUGUUUUUGAAUGUUUGAAUAAAAAUUUGCGAAGUAAGAAAAAAAAUUAAUCUCUAAUUGCGAAAGUCGAUUGCAUGCUAUAGGAAUUCGAAAGAUUCCUUUUUGGGAUCUCUUGAAAUGAUUAUAAAAUAUGCGCGCGCUCGAUAU